AUGUCUGACUUUGGAAACUACAGCAGCGGCGGCUCCAUGGAGUCCAAGAAGCAGCAGGUCAUGGAUCAGGUUCGCAGCGAGCUCGCCCUCGCCAACGCCCAGGAGCUUAUCAACAAAAUCAACGAGAAGUGCUUUGCCAGAUGCGUGACCAAGCCCAGUACCAGCUUGGGAGGCAGCGAACAGACCUGCUUAUCCAACUGCAUGGAUCGCUAUAUGGAGGCAUGGAACAUUGUUUCCCGCACCUACAUCAACCGUGUCCAGCGGGAGUCUCAGAACAUGGGAGGUGCUGGUGGAUUCUAA